CUGAGGGGCGAGGGCGGGCUGACUGACACUUACCAUGGUGUAAAGGAAUUCCAGAACUCGCUAGGAGUGGCGGACACACGGCGGCACAGGGACACAGAAAGACAGGACAGAUUACUACACAGAUACCUACAUCCCUCAGUGCAACCCCACCCCGAUAUGCAAUCGGUGCGGCCGAUUGCGAUCGUCUACGCUGGUUACCUUGCGUUUUAA